UUAGGAGACAGUUUUGUCGUAAACGCGUACAUCACUCGGAGAGGUUUGGAGGAGUGUGACAAAUACAACGGACCCGAGAACAGAAUCAGAGACAGACAGGAGUUACUGAAUGGGGAGCUGAAGGACAGGCAUUUUCUAGAUGAUCACUGCCCCCUAGAGGUGGCGCUACCUCCAGAAAAAGCAGAGGGCUGUGCAGGUUAUAUGCCAUUUGUCCAUCAAGAAGAUGGAGAGAAAACUAUUAUUAAAGACCCUAACAAAGGAUCAGGAAAGAAGAGAAUACAUUUGGAUGAGCUGGAGUGUGAUGUGUCGGUAGAGGAUGACAAUCGACAAGAAUGGACCUUUACUCUGUAUGACUUUGAUAACAGCGGGAAGGUAACCAAAGAGGAUAUGUCUAGCCUGAUGCACACCAUUUAUGAAGUGGUGGAUGCCUCAGUGAAUCAGUCCUCAAAUAACAGCAAGACUUUAAGAGUGAAGCUGACCGUCACUCCGGAACCCUGCAGCAAGAAGAAGGACGUGCCUCUUGCAGGACAAGAUCGAGAAGGAAGUCGCUGCCGAAAUGAAACGGAACACUUGGAAGAUGGGAGGAAUGGAGACAAACGGCUAUCUGCUCAUAUUAGAAAAAAUAACGGCGAACAACCCCCGAACAAUGAAGGGGAUCAUUACUGUGUUGACGAGAACACAGAAAGAAGGAACCAUUACCUUGAUUUGGCUGGAAUUGAGAACUACACUUCUAGAUUUGAUGCAGGGUCGCCACCUUCACAACCUAGACAGGAGCAUCAUGGGAAGAGUUCCCACUCUCAGAACAGGUCCCGUUCACAGGAGUCUGAAGCGCACAACAUCCACCAUCGGCGGUCCCAGUUACUGUCAGACUACUUACUGCAUGCUGGGGAGCCCCUGGGCAGGGGCUUGGAUGUGCUGCAGAGGGGGAAAGGCCAGGAAAAGCAGUUUGUAAAGUCUCCUAAAGGGAUGUCGAAAGGCCCUGGAGUGCCUGGUGUAAAUAAUGGGGGCAAGUUGAGUAAAGGUCACAACUACUACAUGCCACACAGGGCCUCACAGGCAGGACUGGCUGGGCAAGAUGUCUAUCACCUCCAGCCACAACAACAGCAGCAGCAGCACGGCCACAAGAAGUACAGGCAGAAAGCCAGAGAUGCCCACUCGCCACUGAAGACUUCUCACUCCCAACCUACAGUGACGGAGCAUGAGUUGAAGAGGGAUUUACCACCGGUCCUUACCAACGAGGGCUAUGUUAUGCCAGUUGUACAAAGACAUGAGCAUCAUCAUCACCAUGAACACCACCAUCAUCACCACUACCACCACUACCACCAGUCAUGACCGGCACCCUCUGUUGGGAAAUUUUACCAAAUGGAUGUUUGUUACACCCAGUAUUUCACUUAUAUUACCUGCAGGUGAACAUUGUUGGAUAUUCAAAAGUCUCUUUGUGUUACGUAGCAUACCUACCAGUACAGUUCACAACAUACAGAAAAUGGUGCUAUUGUGUUUAUUCAGCGUGAACAUUUUUUUUUUUUUUUUUUUUUUUUUAAGAAGGAUAUUACAUGUGGAAACUUUUUUUUUUUUUUUUUUUUAAUUGACAACAGUUACUGUUUCUGCUCAUCGUUGGACCUCAGGUGUAAUAUGCAGUUCCUAAGCUACACUGCAAAGGCUGCUUUAUAAACACAAGCCUGUUGUGGACUGUUGACUGUCUCCUUGUAUUUGGAAACCUUCAGAACACCACUGCCCUUUCUAAUUUGCGAAAACCCAUCUUAUAUAUAUAUAUAUAUAUAUAUAUAUAUAUAUAUAUAUAUAUAUAUAUAUAUAAUAUAAUGUAAUAAAACAUAUAUUCUAAUAUUAAAAAUGUAGUGCUUUGUUAAAUUCUUGGAAUUUCGUUCUUUGAAAGCGAAACAAUACUGCCUUGUAACAUUCUUAUAAUGUACCUGUCCUCUUUUACAACCUCAUCGUUUUCAACUGAAUCCCUUAAAUUGUGGUCCUAUUUAAGUAUAGAUCUAUGUAAAGUAUUUAAUAACAGUAGAAAAACCCAUGCAUGUGUUACUUUAAAGUUUGAAUGUAUCUUGUAUAACCAUGUUUUGUUAUUGUUAUUAUUAUUAUUAUUUAUUCAUUUAUGAAUGCACGGAUAUGCCUUUGCCUAUUAAUUUUGUAAGUAUGUAUUUUUAAUGUACAUCUGGUGCACUGGCCUUGUAAAAAUAAGUAGGGUUAAAGUCAAUAUAUCACGAAAAUGUAUUGAGAUUCACAAAAGCAUGAUUUAUUUUUUAAAUAAAUAAAACAGAGAUACA